CCCCCCUACCACCUCCGUGGUAAGUUGCAGCUCGUCUCACCUCUGUGUGACUCUCCGGUGUCGUCCGUCGCAACAUUUCCUCGCCAGGAAGCCGGAGCGGUGAACAGAAACCCGGUCAGAAACUUAAGGAAAGUUGAGUUCAGCAGUGGGCGGGGACAUCAUGUACAGACUCCUCAGCCGACAAGGGCGGAGGACGCGGAGCUGCCUCGCGGGCCAGACGCGCUAUGACCAUCACCAUCACCAGGCCGUCAUGGCCAUCCGGCGCGAGGACGUCAACGCCUGGGAGAGGAGGGCGCCGCUGGCCCCGAAACACGUCAAAGAGCUCACCACCGCCGGCGUCAAGGUCCUGCUCCAACCGUCCAACCGCAGAGCCAUCCACGAGAAGAACUACAUGAGGGCGGGGGCCGUCCUGCAGGAGGACCUGUCCGAGGCCUCUCUGAUCCUCGGGGUGAAGAGGCCGCCGGAGGAGAAGAUCCUCCCCAGGAAGACGUACGCUUUUUUCUCCCACACCAUCAAGGCCCAGGAGGCCAACAUGGGGCUCCUGGACAACCUGCUGAAGAAGGAUGUUCGUCUGAUCGACUACGAGAAGAUGGUCGAUGCCAACGGCUUCCGGAUCGUAGCGUUUGGUCACUGGGCUGGAAUCGCAGGAAUGAUCAACAUCUUGCACGGAUUGGGGCUUCGCUUCCUGGCUCUCGGCCACCACACUCCCUUCAUGCACAUCGGCAUGGCUCACAACUACCGCAACGUCAACCAGGCCAUCCAGGCAGUGAGGGAUUGUGGGUAUGUGAUUUCCAUGGGGCUCAUGCCCAAAUCCAUCGGCCCCGUGACGUUUUGUUUCACCGGCACCGGCAACGUCUCCAAGGGAGCCCAGGACAUCCUCAACGAGCUUCCUGUGGAAUACGUUGAGCCUCACGAGUUGAAGGACGUCUCUGAAACAGGAGAUAUGACCAAAGUGUACGCCACCGUUCUGAGCCGACAUCACCACCUGAUGAGGAAGAGUGACGGCUUCUAUGACCCCAUGGAGUACGAGGUCCACCCGGAGCUGUACACCUCGCACUUCAGGACCAGCGUGGCGCCCUACACAACCUGUCUGAUCAAUGGUAUUUACUGGGACCCCCAAACCCCUCGACUCCUCAGGCGACUGGACGCCCAGAAGCUGAUGCGACCCAAGACCUCCCCCUCAGUCACCGAGGGGUCACCGGGGCUGCCUCACAAACUGCUGGCCAUCUGUGACAUAUCCGCUGACACCGGGGGCUCCAUCGACUUCAUGAACGAGUGCACCACCAUCGAUAAGCCCUUCUGCAUGUACGACGCCAACCAGCACAUCGAUCACGACAGCGUGGAGGGAAACGGGAUCCUCAUGUGCUCCAUCGACAACCUUCCCGCUCAGCUCCCCAUCGGAGCCACGGAGUACUUCGGAGACCGACUCUUCCCGUACCUCUGGGAGAUGCUGCCUUCAGACGCCACCAGACCGCUGGACGAAGAGGACUUCAGCCCGCAAGUCAGAGACGCUGUCAUCACAUCGAACGGAGUCCUCACCCCGAAGUUCGAAUACAUCGAAAAACAUCGAGAAAGAAGAGAGAAGGCUCAGAUCAUGAAGAAGACCGGGAUGAAGCGCGUGCUGCUGCUGGGCUCGGGAUACGUCUCCGGACCCAUCGUCGAGUAUUUGACCCGCGAUGAGAAGACGCAGGUCACUGUGGCGUCGGUGCUGCUGAAGCAGGCAGAGGAGCUGGCGGCCAAGUAUCCCAACACCAUCCCCAUCAUGCUGGACAUCGGCAGCCAGGAAGGACACCUGGACUCUCUGGUCGAAGAUCAUGACUUGGUCAUCAGCAUGCUGCCGUACACUCUUCACCCGCUCAUCGCCAAACACUGCAUCAGGAGGAAGGUAAACAUGGUGACAGCCAGCUACCUGAGUCCCGCCAUGAAGGAGCUGCAGAGCAGUGCGGAGGAGGCCGGCAUCACCAUAGUGAACGAGAUGGGACUGGACCCGGGUAUCGAUCACAUGCUGGCCAUGGAGUGCAUCGAUAAGGCCAAAGCCGACGGCUGCACCGUGGAGUCCUACAGCUCGUUCUGCGGCGGUCUUCCUGCUCCUGAAUGUUCCGACAAUCCUCUUCGCUACAAGUUCAGCUGGAGUCCGUACGGCGUCCUCCUCAACACCAUCAGCCCCGCCAUCUUCCUCCAAGACAACCAGGUGGUGAGCAUACCGGCUGGCGGCGCUCUGAUGGAGUCCAGCACGCCAAUGGAUUUCUUUCCUGGUUUCAACCUGGAGGGAUUUCCAAACCGCAACAGCACCAUGUACGCCGAGUCUUACGGCAUCCACACGGCGCACACACUGAUCAGAGGAACACUGCGCUUCAAGGGCUUCUCAAAGGCCAUGAGUGGGUUUGUCAAACUGGGUCUGAUCAACAGCGAGCCCUGUCCCAUCCUGAAGCCUACUUCAUGCCCUGUGUCCUGGAAAGCGCUCCUCUGUAAGCUGAUGGGAUUGUCCUCUUCUGUUUCCCACGACGCCUUUGAAGAAACCGUAUUUGAACGCAUCGGAAAAGACGACUUUGUGAUGGACACCCUGAGAUGGUUUGGGAUGCUGAGCGACGAGUCGGUGGUUCAUGCCGACAGCGUUCUGGCCGCUCUGGCUAAACACCUGGAAGCUAAAUUAUCCUUCGAUAAGUCCGAGCGCGACAUGAUCAUCAUGAGGAACGACAUCGGGCUUCGCCACCCGACCGGCGAGCUGGAGACCAAACACAUCAGUCUGGCGGUGUACGGCGACCCCAGCGGCUUCUCCGCCAUGGCCAAGACUGUGGGUUACCCAGCAGCCAUUGCUGCCCGCAUGGUCCUCGAUGGUGAAAUCAUUACAAAGGGACUCGUGGUGCCGAUGACGAAGGACAUCUACGGGCCGGCGCUGGCCUGCCUGAAGGAGGAAGGACUUCACUUCAUGUCCAAGAGCACCCUGCAGGAGUAAAAGCUCGAGCCUCCAGAGAGAUCAGUAAUCACUAUGAUUAAUGUUCAACAAACCCCAGAGAACAUUUAUUAAAAUAAAAACACAUGCAAUCAACUGCCUCUUUACCGACUUUAUCCAAACUGGAUCGGUCGAAAGGUUGAAGGGAAAAAAAGCCAAAAAGGUCAAAUGUUUCAAUCCCCAGAAGUAAUAUUUAAUUGUGUUCAAAUUAAAUGUUAGAAUAAUUUCGUGAUGUUUUAAAGCUGUUUGUAAGUUUUAGGUCAGAAGCAGUAAAAGGCAGCAGCUCAGAUCAUAUUCAUUAAUCUGCAGUUUAAUAUCAACACUCUGAGUUUGUCUAUUGUGUCAGAGAAAGGUUCUUAUGUGAAGAUGUUUAAAAGCUGGAGUGGUCCAACAGUUUAGGCGUUUAAAAGCACAAACAUUGUCUCAUUAAUCAGGUCAAACUACUGUAGAAACUCUUGCUGGUAAACUAUUCCUGGAGACUUGAUAGUAAAUUCUGACAUCCAACAUAAAAACCAUUUGCUGAUCGCAAGUUCUGAUUUCUGCAUUAAUUCUAAAUCCCAUACAAACCCAGCUCAAUACUGCACAGACCUUCAACAACAAAACAUCACCGUAGUCACUAACUGGCUUUCUUCAAAGCCGUGAUGGAAAUGAACCACAGAGUACUGUUAACAGCUCCCAUUCUCAGGACAUUACAUCAUGAAGCCGUUCAGAGUGAACGCUAAUGAAGCUAAGAGCAGCUGGGAAUGAUUAUGUUCAGCUGGUUGGAACAGGUUCAUGAGUUAAUCGUUUUAUUUUGUUAGUCAGAAACUAACACAUGUAUGCAAUAUGAUUACCUCACAGUCUCAAUAUCUCAAAGAUGUAUUGUAAUACUAAAACAAUAUUUAUAAUGCACUUUAAAUAUACAACUCCAAAAGUAUUAAAUCAGAAUCUAAUGAUCACCACUUAAUAGAUUUUGUUCAGCUUCUACAGCUCGUUAUCCAGAAGUAAUAGUUUAAUUAAGCGGUACCAUCAUUUCAAAAAUGCUAAAGACCGCAUGUGGAGGAUUCAAAAAUGUCUGAUUCUUAACAUCAUAAUGAUUUUAUCAAAACUGCACUGUGCUAAAGAGAGCACCGGUUUUUACCUGGUUUGACAAAACACGAAAACUUUCGCCAUCUGAUCGAUUUAAAAUAUGACAUAAUCUCGUAACAGUUCCAAAGCUUCAAAGCUUAUCCCAACAAACUUUAGUCACAAUGAAGACAUAAAGCCCUCUAUCUUGAGGCAGGGUAGCUUAUUUAAAGUGAAAAAAGCUCAACAAUGUGAGCUAUAGUACAAAAAUGUACUGUUAGCUGAUGUCCUUUGUCUGUCAUGCUAACUUCAGCUAGUCUUGUCAGUCUGUGAAGCUAACGUUAGCUUCAGUCUGUGAAGCUAAUGUUGUCAGUCUGUGAACCAAUCUGAACAUUUAGAAAGUUCUUAAAAAUGUUACAGAAAGUAAAAAAUAUAUGCGACCACUAGAAAUGUUAUCUUUAGAAUAUUGUUCAUUAACUCAUGAUCUAGAUUCUGUAGCUGAAACGGCGGCGUAUGUGGAGCUCUGAGGUAGAACAUUUGAUUUGAGUUGUUUUAAAAGAUGAAUUCUGUAUUUCUGGAACCUAAAGUUUCCCAGACUCUAGGAUUUGUCUUCCACAUGAGCAAUAUUUAUUUCAUUUUUUGUGGAGGAUGUGGUCACCUUGUAAACGGUUUGUUAAAUGCUUUAAACAAAUACCCAGAGAGAGAUAUUUUACGAGUACCUGAGAUAUAUUUUUUAAAGUAAUGCAUUCAUAUAUGUAUACUUAAUGUAGUUUAUAUGUGGGCAUCCAGAAGGUUUUAAACGGCAGCGUGUUGGAUAGAUUUAUAGGUUUGUAUCUCAUGACACAAAGACUGGUAAAUUCAGAUGAAACUACACAUGUUGUGGGCAAAAGAGAGCAACACUAACAUGUUGGCGAUAAAAGUAUUGGUUUUAUUUACCGCCUGGUGAAACCAUUUUUUUGUCCUUAAUGUUUCAGUUGACAUUGACGCCACUCAUUUGUCUGUAAAAGCUUGUUUUGAUCGAACAUUUUGCUUUCUAAAAAUGUUAUAUGAAUAAAACAAAUUCUGUUACAUUC